AGGGGAUUAUUUAAUAGCAUGAAAGAGAAGCGUCAGAUGUAUGAAUAUAUUGUUGUUUUUGUAGAUUUUAUUUCAGGCGGAGUAAAAAAGUAGUUCCAUUGGGAGUUGGACUGAGUCGCAUGUUUUGGGUAAUUUYCCCUUGUUUUAGGCGUGAGAACGUCACCAGAAAAGGAGCCAGACUGUAGUAGUCUAGCCUCACAUUCCCCCCCUCCCACCUCGGGAGGCUCCGCUUUCCCAGCCCCUUUGUUCGCCCCGGCCGGUGGGCUGAGUCAGAGCGGAGCGGGAGGCUGGCUGAGCUGCAGCCCGAAGAACCGCACGCAACGUGGACGCUGGAGGCGAGGAGAGGCCGACGGAGGAAACGAGAAUCAUCCGGGCGGGAGAGGGGGAAAGUUGAGCCCGUCGGAGCUAACAACCUCGGUUCUCCCCGCUCCGCUUUAGCCGCCUCAGCUAACCACCCCGGGGGAAAGGAACCGGCAGGCUAACAGCUAACUCAGCACCGGGUUUGUUGGCAUCAUCCUCUGAUCCACGCUGACUCCCUUUCAGUUUCUGCUCAGCAUCCAUGUUUGCAUCCCUCCCUGGGAGUGGCAGCCACUAAUCCACCCCCCGGGUACAGGCCCUCUCGGACCCCCCCUCGGACGUGGUAUUUUCCCACAAAAAAUCUCGACAUGGAGAGCGACGGGCCUCAGCCCCUCGUUUAGCUUCUGAUCCACGAGCCUGCGUCGCCCACAGGGCAGCUCUCAGGUCCGGCUGCUUGCUGCUCUCGCAGAAUGAACAUGCUGAAGUCCAGCGGGCUGAAAAUCCCCGGCCGUGGGGCCAAACAUUCCAGCCCAGUGGGAAGAACCUCCGUGGGCGGAACAUCCAGCCCUGUCGCCCCUAAAGACAGUAUGCCACUUAAGCCCAUUACUCCAUGUAAAAUCUCGGAGGAGGGCGACGAUGUUGUAGGAGACUACACUGUCGGUGAACAAGUCUGGGUCAACGGCGUCAAACCUGGAGUCAUCGCCUACCUUGGGGAGACCCAGUUCGCCCCCGGACAGUGGGCAGGCGUCAUUCUGAAUGACCUAGUUGGCAAGAACGACGGGUCAGUGGGUGGCGUGCGCUACUUCGAGUGCCAGCCCCUUCAGGGCAUUUUCACGAGACCCUCAAAGCUCACCCGACAGCCGGUGGGAGAGGGGAGCGACAGCCACUCCACCGACUCGACCCAGAAUCAGAGCCAGCAAGGAGGAGGCGGUGGCGCCCCCACUGGCCAGAGGGUGGUGGUGCCGCUCAGAGAGGGGCUCCUCAACAGCGGGGUGAAAACAGGGAACGAGUCUGGGUCCAACAUGUCCGACAGCGGGUCGGUUAAAAAGGCCGGAGAUAAAGACCUGCGAGUCGGAGAUCGAGUUCUGGUGGGAGGCUCUAAAAUGGGAGUUAUUCGUUAUAUGGGGGAAACGGACUUUGCUAAGGGUGAAUGGUGUGGGGUUGAGCUCGAUGAGCCCCUGGGGAAGAAUGAUGGUGCGGUGGCUGGUACAAGAUAUUUUCAGUGUCUUCCAAAGUUCGGCCUGUUCGCUCCCAUCCAUAAGGUGAUCCGCAUCGGCUUCCCCUCCACCAGCCCGGCCAAGGCCAAGAAGAGCAAGCGGGUGGCCAUGGGGGUCUCGUCCCUGGCCCACAGCCCCAGCAGCUCCUCCAUCAGUUCAGUCAGCUCGGUGGCCUCCUCUGUGGGUGGACGCCCGAGCCGAGCUGGACUGCUGACGGAGACCUCGUCCCGUUACGCCCGUAAGAUCUCGGGCACCACCGCGCUCCAGGAGGCGCUGAAGGAGAAGCAGCAGCACAUCGAGCAGCUGCUGGCCGAGCGGGACCUGGAGCGCGCCGAGGUGGCCAAGGCCACCAGCCACAUCUGCGAGGUGGAGAAGGAGCUGAGCGUCCUCAAGGCGCAGCACGUGCAGUACGUCGCUGAGAACGAGAGCACCCUGCAGCAGGUCAAAGCCUUGCUGGCCAGCACGCAGAAAGACAAACUGGAACUGGCCAAUCAGCUCGAAGAAGAGAAGAGGAAAGUGGAGGACCUCCAGUUCAGAGUAGAAGAGGAAUCCAUCWCUAAAGGAGACCUGGAGCAAACCACCGUCGAGGAGCAGAGUCGCAUCGCGCAGCUGGAGGAGCAGCUCUCCCUCAAAAGAGCCGAGGUCCAGGACCUCCAGGCCCAGCUCGGACGGGUGGACGCCCCGGAGAGCGACGGCCCGCAGGAGAGCGGCGAGAAGUGCAGGAGCGCGUUAGCGGCGAGCCGGCAGGAGGUGGAGUCGCUGAGGGCGCUGGUGGAGAAACAGAACCUGGAGCUCGGCGAGGUGAAGCAGAAGGUUCAGCAGGCCACCAAGGAGAACGUGGAGAUGAUGGACUCCUGGAAGGUUAAAUUUGACACUUUAGUCAGUGACCACCAGCGAUCCUUGGARGAACUGAAGGCAUCRUUGAGUCGGGAUCAGGAUGCCCCACAAGGUCAGGAGCAGGAUGCCCAGGAGCUGAGGACCACCCUGGAGGGCUUGAAGAUGGAGCACCAGCUGGAGGUGGAGAACCUCAAGGCCAAACACCAGAUCGAAGCCGCCAUCCUCAUCAAGGAGCGCGAGGACCUCUGCGCUCGCCUUCAGGAGGCCCGAGACCAGCUGGCCGAGGGGGGCCAGACCUGGAGGUCCGACAUGGAAGCUCACAGCACCAAGGCGGCCCUGGCCGAGGCCUCGGAGAAGCUACAGAAGGCAGAGGCCCGGCUGGCGCAGAUGGAGAAGCUCCACGUGGAGCAGGACCAAACCACGACGGAGCUGCGGGACAGGCUAGAGCUGUCGGAGAAGAAGAUGACAGAUUACCAGGCUCUGCAGAAGGCUCGGGCCGACAGCCAGGACCAGAUCCAGAAGCUGGAGGAGAAGCUGAGGGUGACGGCGAACCAGCUGCAGGCCAUCCAGGCCGACCGCUACACGUCUCACGAUGCAAACAUGAUAGAAGACAACGAAAUAUCAGACGAGAAGCUGAAGCUCAAACAACAUGUUGAAGAAACGAUGGAGAAGUUGUUGAAAAGAGAAAAAGAAGUUUCGACUCUCACUUCUCAUGUGGAUGCCCUCAAAUCUCAGGUUGGAGUUCUGGAGGGGAAAGUUCGCUCCGGGGAAAAGAAAGCUGAAGCCCUCGCCAAGGAGAAGACGCGUGUGGAGGCGGAGCUGGAGUCCAUGACCAAGAAGUCCCAUGAUGCAUCGGGGCAGCUGGUCAGCAUUAGCCAGGAGCUGCUGAAGAAAGAAAGGAGUCUGAACGAACURAGGGUGUUGCUCCUGGAAUCCCAUCGCCACUCGCGGGACGUGGACAAAGACCUGAACCGAGAGGUGCACAAGGCCGAGUGGAGGGUCAAGGAGCAGAAACUUCAGGACGACAUCAAAACCCUGCGAGAAAAACUGCUUCUGCUGGGUCGGGAGCGGGCCUCACCGGACCACCGGCGGUUCUCCAUGCUGGAACCGUCGGCUCUGGACUCAGAGGUGAGCCGCCUGCGGCAGCGGCUGCUCAGCACUGAGGAUGCCCUGAGGAACGCCUUGGAGCACAACCAGGAAGUGGAUCAGCUGGUCCAGGCCAUGAGGAAACAUCCUGACAAAAGCCAGCUUCACGGUGCAAAUUCAGCAAAUGGAAUUCACCACCAGGGAUCUGACAGCUCUCCAGAUGUUGCCACAACACUGAUGUAAGCAGCAGAGACGAGGCKUGACGGCGUGAACACGACCCGGACUGAUGCAGGAAACGGCUCGUCUGCUCCGUCUCCUGAUGGACGACCCUGGAUCGUUWCAGUUUACAGUUAAAACCAAAACAGCAAAAUCAAUUUUAUGUGUCGUUGCAGAAGGCAUCUAUUAGCCAAUCAAGAAGCUCCUUUAAAGUUCUAUAAAAAAUGGACAUGAAGAGAUAUUAUCAGUCAAAACAACCGCUGAGAAAUAAAAGGACGRCAGCUUUUUAUGCUUUAUAGUAGUUCGAAGGUUUGAAUCUACGAGUCGACGGGAACUUUGACAAAUCUGAACUUUUAUCUGGAAAGAAAAACUUCUGACGGACAAACGAAAAGCUGGCGGACUCAGUUGCUGUUUUUGGUUUUAUUUAUUACUUUGACUUGGCUCUUUUUGCUUUGUAAUAAUCCUCUGUACUGUAGAUGAGCUGGACCGGCCCAACAAACCCAACAAUGAUUUAAAUUWAAAAACCUAACUAAUGCUCCUGUAYGUAUUCAAACUCCAGCUGCAGCGCACAAAAACAAAUACAUUUAUUUUCUCCACACAAAAAAAUGACGUUUAAAUGUGAAACACUAAGUUUAAYGUGUGGCUGUAAAAGAAAAAAGGUAGGGGGUGUUGUAUUUUGUAUCCACUAAUAAUUGCAGUCAGAUUGUAUGGCUUUUUUUUUUAUUUGGAACAUUGCCUCCGCAAACGUGCCGAAUGUGCCCCAAACAAUGUUUUCAUGUGUCAAAUUUGUAGACAGAAGUUCAUCCAAAAAAAUUAAACUAAACAAAAAAAUAAAAAAGGGCAAAAAUCAAGUGCUGUUAGGAUAAUCCCAACUAAAGGCCCUGUUCAGACCUUGCAUCAAAAAUCUGGUUAAAAUCCGUACUUGUGAUUGGCAGAGUUGGUGUGUGGGUGGAGUUUGCCCAUGGUGUGGGCGGAGUUUGUCUUKGUGUGGAGGUUCUCUGCAGACUCAAAGUAGGCGUGUCUGAAGCAUAAACACUGAUUGGCUACUUGUAUUUUUGGUUCUUCUCUUUUGUUUUUCUUUCACCUUUGACUUUAUCUACCUUCACAUUAAUUUUAGCGCCAAAACUACUUUUGUUUUUUUCAAUGAACCCACAAUGUAUCAUUAAAACCAAACAUUUAGUUCUCCCUAUUUCAAAAUGUCUCAGACAAUUUAAAAAAACGCUACAGACUGAUGCCGCUCUUAUUUUGAAAUGUAAACUGGAGCUUUUUAAGAGAAGUGGAAAUAACAAAUGAAGACUUAGGGUCCGACACUGUGUGUGUCUUCAUAUAAACAUAUUAGCAGCUAAACUGCUCGCUGUUAUUAUUUCCAAGUCUUCUAAUUACCACUGUAACAACAGCAAGUUUGUAAAACGAAAUGUAAUGAAAAUAAAUAUGAAAGUCAGAUGCUAGGGUAUAAGGGUAAGCUAAAGAAACCCCCAAGCAACGAUCAUCCAAUCAGGUAUGGUUGUCGGGUAACACCCCCUUUAUGCUUGUCCAAUCAGAUUUUCCCCUGGAAAAAAAGGUCCAAUCAGGCGUGUCUGUUCUGAACCACCUUCCUUUUGGAAACGCCUACUCAUCCGCAGAGACUCCUCCUUGGGUGUGGGCGGAGUUUUCCCUACAGUCCGUGAUUGGUCAGAUUGAUCUGUCUUGUGGGACAACUUAAAAGAGGAGGUAAUGACAGUAAAGAAAUAUGAUUUAUUGACGGUAUACGUACAGUUUAAAACAGAACAAUGACUCACAAUGAUUGUGAACACGUAAACGUCAUUUAUUGACUUCAGAUUUCAUUCAGCUAGCACCUUCCUGUCUCAAAUCAUGACUAAAAUUAAUCUCUAUUUAUAUAAAAAUCAUAUCUUGGGCCAACUCCUCCCACAAAGUAAGAAACUCCUACUAACUGCAGGUGAAAGGUGUGUGAAAAAGAACCAUGUGACUGCGCGUCGACUGUUGGGCUACACGGUUAAUCCUUCAUCGUGCACCUUGUGCCCCUCACACCUGUGUUCAGAGUUACCUGAAAGGACAGAUUUAAGGACCAGGUCUGAACGGGGCCCAGAUGUUAGCAGAAUAAAUGAGCAGGAGCAACUGUGGGAUUUUGAUUUAAAAAAAAACAAAUUGAAGAAACACUAAAUGCCUUUUAUUCUUUCUGUGUGCUGUUGUGAAAWGUUUCUUUGUAUUUAAACACAAUGAAAGUGAUGACUGCUUGUGCUUCUGGCUGAUUACAAGCUGCUCCAUGUAUCGACAGACACUACAACUUGAUGAAACAAGCCGUCUCACUACACCGUAUCAUCUGUGUUGAUAAAAGAUCUGUUCCAGGACGGACCAAUCCUAUUUUCAGGUGCUUGCUAAUUCAUUCUCCCCCAAAAUCUUUGAUUUUGAUUGUUCACUUGUGCUAAAACGUGUUAAGAUAAACCUGAGGAGCCUUCUGACUUCAGAAUUGUGAACAGGCUGGAUGUAGGUGGAUUAUUCCUGACUUUUAUUUAUUUAUGUGUAUCAGCACACUUCUUAUAUGAUUGGUUCUUUUGUUGACACGCCUGUGUGUUUAUUAAAGGUACUCAUUGCAAAGUUAUGAAGAUGGGACAAAUAAAAAAAGUAAGAAACAAAGUCUGUACAAUAUUCUUCUCAUAUGGAUGUUCUUACAUUAAAAGUGUGACUAUUAGUGCAUUUAUUAUUCAAAAAAAGCCAAAGUGACUUAAAAAAGGSAAUGAUGUUUUGUUUACACUGAGUGCAGACCCACAUUUCAGAGUUGCAAACGGCAUCAUUUUAGGAUAAGCUUUUUUUAAUGAUUGGUUUCAUACUUUGCAGAAAGUAUCUUUAAUUAGCGACGCACGGAGGCCAUGUUUAAUGUAUCACCUGCACCUGCAGUGCUUUACCGAGCCUUUCUUAAGUCUUCUGAAGGGCUGUCACCUGAGCUGAAAGCCAAACAACCGCCUCAGAUUAACAACAUGAUGCUGUAAAGUCUUCCAGAUCUCGAUGUAUGUGUUUGUCAGCUUCUGUUUGUUCGUGGCGUUUGGGCGUGUGGGGAGCUUCUCCAGGGCCGGUUAUACAGUUCCCGUUUGGAGCCUUAUUCUGCACGGCCUCCUCCGCUCGAGGAAUUCCUACUGUUUGGAUUAUCGCUGCGGCGGUUUUGGAGAUUGAGUCAUUAAAUAUUAAUGUGGCGAAGA